UGCAUAUGAUCCCGCUGAAUGUACAUUAUUUAUUCAUCCGUUUACAGUCUGUGUUCAUCAAAGAGAAGAUCUGAAGGAUGGUGUUAGUUCAUGUCGGAUAUUUGGUUCUUCCUGUCUUUGGCUCAGUGAGAAAUAGAGGAUCUCAUUUUAACAGGCAUCAGCACAGUCAUGCUACCUCUUGCCGGCAUUUCCACGUAGGCCCCCAGGCCCAGAUCCCUGUUGAUUUCCCAAUGCCCCAUCCAGGACAAUCUCAGACGGGAAUGAGCCAUCACCUCGGCCCUGCGCACCAGCCAGCCGCGGCGUUACAUCCACCCCUCAACCACAUACCAGCACCACCGUUCCAGGACAUCCCGGCCCCGCCCUUCCUACCUCAGGCUUUACACCAGCAAUACCUCAUUCAGCAGCAGAUCCUGGAGGCCCAGCACAGGAGGAUACUUCCACAGCCCAGCAGACAUGCUCCAGACCGAACCCUUCCCCACCCGCAGACGCUGCGGCCGCCAUAUGAAUACCCAACAUCCAUUCACAUUCCCGCACCUCCGCCGGUGCCGCAGCAGCCACGCUAUCUCGCUGAAGGAACAGACUGGGAUCUGAGUGUGGAUCCAGGCCUGCCGCAGUACCACGUCUCUCCCCUCACUCAACAUUAUCAGCAUUACCUGACCUCUCCACGACUGCACCACUUCCCCAGGAACACCACCUCAGCACAAGUGGUUGUCCAUGAGAUCAGAAACUAUCCAUAUCCUCAGUUACAUCUGCUGGCUCUCCAAAGCCUCAGUCCUUCUCGUCAUGCGUCUGCCGUGCGGGAGAGUUACGAGGAGCUCCUGCAGUUGGAGGACAGACUGGGAAAUGUAAACAGAGGGGCUGUGCAGACCACCAUCGAGAGGUUCACCUUUCCUCACAAGUAUAAAAAGAGAAGACCUCUAGAGCUGAAGAUUGGCAUGGAUGAAGAGGAGCUCGACACGGAUGAGAAAUGCACAAUAUGCCUCUCGAUGCUUGAAGACGGAGAGGACGUCAGGAGAUUACCCUGCAUGCACCUCUUCCAUCAGGCUUGUGUUGACCAGUGGCUGGCAACCAAUAAGAAGUGUCCCAUCUGCAGGGUAGACAUUGAGACGCAGUUGUCCCCCGAUAGCUGAUGUCUCGUGUAGCACUAGCUAGAAGUCCUAUUGUCUCUCUUCGUCCCCUCGUGGGUACUUUGCCAAAUGUGUGUCAUCUCCAUCACCUCUCACCUCUGACCUUUGCCUUCUGAGCCAACUGACGAUGUAGAACAGGGAAGAAGAUAAGCGCUGAAGUGGAACCUGGACCGCGUCGAGCACGUGGAGAAGAACGAGUCUGUCGAUGAAGAGGGUUUCAGUCAAAGUGCUCUGUAUGUGUGUGUGUUUAGGUCGGCGAAUGCCGCUCUAAAGCGAUCUCAAAUGAAGACCAACCAAAUGUUCUCAGUGUUCAGUAGGUCACGGAUGAAGCAUUACAGCAUGAACACCACAAAGUCCGACACAUUACGCGUGGUUGGUCAUGAACUUAAACGUAGUUGAACGAAUCAUUUGUGAAACAAAAAACAAACAAAAACAAAAAAAACAAAACACAACGGGAAUCAAAGUCAUUAGCGAAAGAGAGAAGCGCGAGAGUAGAACAAUGACCCUGUGUUUAAAAAAAGCUCUGUCGUCGUGUCUGUAAUUAUCGGAGGUGAUGCUUGACGUCCGUAUGUAACCGUAAGGCCAGGCUUGAUAUGAACCGUGACAGUCCGCAUUAUGUGCUCGUGAUGCCUCCGAAACGUAUCCACCAAAUGCAUGUUGAAGCGAGAGGCCGGGGUUCUUCUGACGAGAGGUCGAUGUGCAUGAGGACGUUUCCCGCGCGAUAUUCUACUAAUCCUGAAGACACUGUGUUCUCGAUGCGUCUCCGAAGUCACUACAAGUGAAAUAUGUACCUUAAUGCCUGUAGCACAAGCACACGUUGAAUAGUAACGGCAUAACUCCGUGUUUCCAUUCGCUCUGUGACUCGUGGUCUCGCUUGGUCGUAAAGCAGCAUCUGUAGAGUCAUAACGUGCAUGAAACCUGUUUGCUGCCAUUUCUAGAGGACAUGACAAGGGAGUAAAGCCAUUCGUUUUAUAGAAACCAAACAUAACUUUUCUAAGCUGUACUUCAUGAUCACUCUUCCUCGUUUGAUUUCUUCUUUUUUCCUACUGUUGCCAGCCUGUGUGCGGGCCUGGCACAGCUUCUCGACAUAAGUAGCUGCAAUGCUGGAAAAAACAAACAAACAAGUUAUUUAUUGUCGUCUUAAUGUAGUUAGUGGUUAUUUUUGUAAAUGCACUCACUUUCUGAUGAGGUCGUGUGAUUGUUUCUCUUUCCCUGCUUUUGCAUUUGCACUCGAGUUUCCUUGCGUAUCGUGCACUCCAUCCAAAAAAAAAAAUGAAAAAGAAAAAAGAGAGAAGAAACGUGAAAAAAACCAACAAGGGAACAGACUUUUUAACAGCACAGUUUCUUUGCGUAACGCUAGUCGUCGCCUCACUGACCACUUUAAAUGUACGUGACUGUUUUUUCGUAGCAUAUCGGAUGUCUUUGUAGUGCGUUCGGCGAAUUAACGUUGCUUUCGAAACUUUUCCCGAAUUCAAGCGUUCAGCUGCUUGGAGGCCAAGAAGUUGGAAGCGUCUUCACCGUUUUUUGUAGCGUGUCAGUGAGCGUCCGCCGCGUGACCUUUCCCUCUCAUCGUCCGUCUGCGUUUUAUAGUUUACACAUGAUAUUGUGCGUCGAAAUGCCUUAAGUAUUUAACAAUCAUAAUUUAUGACUAACUUUACCUACUAUGGGUGCGUAUUUAAGUUCUGAACUAGUAUCGCAAUGUAAUCGGUCGGUUUAUUUAUUUACGUCAGCAUAACGUGUGUAUAAAUACCUCAUUGUGCUAUACUUUAAUGGGAGUGCUUUGCAUGCGGUUGUACUUUAAGGGGCGUAAGUGUCAAAACAAGCUAAACAACCCCCUCCCCAGACCCCGACCCCGACCCGGACCCCGACUGAGGGCGUGCUGAAAUGUGCUAGUAUGUGGUGCUGUAGUUUUUUUGGUUACAUUCCAUUAAUGCAAUUUCAGCUGUGAGCUCGUAGGCAAACUGUUCAAUGGACUGGAAUCGUUUUGCAUGUCUCUCCUGUUUUUUGCACUCUCGGCUUUGCUGCCCUCUCACUGGCAUCCUGCGAACGUCGCCCGCUCGUCUCGUCGCUCUGAACCGAGCCGGCGAUUCCAGGCCGUGAAUCUGUUUUCAGUGUUUUCAGUAGUGAGGAGUGAGUUCAGCGCUUACUGUGAUUGAUUAUAGCUGCUUGUCUUGUGCCCAACUUUCGAUUACAGCCGGCCAUUGUGUGCUGUAUUUUCAAUCGGGAUUUAAAGUGAUGCUUAUUUUUCCCCACGAGUAGCAGAUUUCCUUUACUCUACGUAUCGGUACUUCACAAGAGGGGCUUUAAAUGUCUGAAUGCAGGUCGUGUUUUGGUACAUUCUAGCGUAGCUGCCGUACGUGUGUCAUAUUUUCGCGAUUUUAGCGCGUCAGGUUAUAUAGCUUCGAUCCCCCAAAUAUCAAUCUGCCAAUACGGUGUCGUGUUUUACACUAGCAUCGGCCGAUACGGCAGACGACUCUUAUUUCCGCCGAAAUAAGCGUUUUUGCUGCCAUGCGGAACACCUGGAAUACUCGUUAUUUUCUACACACUUAGAAAUUGUUGCGCCGAUGUAGAAAAAAAAAAAAAAAAAUGACAAAAAAAAGAACAAUGGCUUUAUAUUUUAUGAUUUGUGUUUCUAGCCUGUGUAGCCUUAAAGUCUCUUGAUUUGAUCCAUCUCUCCAGCAGAUUUUGGACAUAAGCAAUAGUAGUAUCAUGUUUCGCUAACAGACUGAACCGUAGAUCCUAAAGCACAAGCUCUGUAAUGCAUGUCUUUCUCAGGUUUUAAUAUGCGUAUGAGAAUGGAUACAUAUGUUAAAAUAUUUUACCAUAAAUAUUUCUGAUGUUUUUCUGCUGCUGACAUAAAAAGAAAAAAAAAACAAAAAAAAAUAAAUAAAUAGUUGAAUAACCUGCCAGUGAAAGGGAAGUGGCUCUUUGUAUAAGACACUGCUGUGUGCUGUUACUGCGCAAUGUUUUCUGACAUGAAUAUUUUAUAGCUCAAGUAGAAAAAUAUGUAUUGACAAUAUUUAAGCAAUAGCUUGGUGAUUAUAAUGUAUGAUAACUAGAUAAGUGUAUAUUGCGUUUAAAAAAAAAGAAAAAAAAAAGAAAAUCUUAGAUUCACUUUUGGUGGAUUUUGUACUGUAUUUAUUACUAAUGAUGAUGCAAAAAGUUGCAUAGCUUAACCCAAAUUUUCUUUCUUUUUUAAUUUCUUGUCUUGUAUAUGACCCUUUUUGUAUGUGUUUUUUCAAAUAAAAUGUCGAAAA